AAUAAAAUUGAAAAUAACUUGAGGGAAGAUCGGAGAAGAACUGAGUUGGUUUGGUGCUGGAAAGAGCAAGAGAAACAAGGCAUGGCGGUUAGGCAAAAAGCAGUAUCUGCACUUCCAACCCUUUUACGAACUCUUCGCAAAGAACCAUUAAAGCCUCACAGCCAUGUCAACGCGUUACCCUCUCUUCGACGCGCUUUCUCUUUGUACGAUCAGAUCAAUCUCAUCGAUCAAGUCCCCGAGGACCAGCUCCGAUUUCAAGGGUAUAAUGAUACGGGGUUUACUGUAAAUGGGGUUGAGUAUGAAGGAAGCUUGCUUUGUGUUGGAAAUUUACUCAUGUCUUGGAAACCGAAGAAGUUUUCAGAGAUCACUGCUGAUAGCUUAUCACUCUUCCAAAUUAUUCGUCCUAUUCCAGAGAUUUUGAUUCUUGGAUGUGGAAGGAACAUUCAACAUGUAGAUCCUGAACUGAGACGGUUUAUUCGAUCCACUGGCAUGAAAUUGGAAGCUGUAGAUUCGAGAAAUGCAGCAUCAACUUACAACAUACUGAAUGAAGAAGGUAGAAUUGUGGCUGCUGCACUUCUUCCACAUGGAGUUUCUGCAUGAAGCUUGGACCUGUUCACAUCCAUUCCAUUAAGGAUCUUAACCCAAAUCUUUGAGACAUGCUUUGAUUUUCACGUUUAGAAAGUUUUGACAUAGCAAUAGCAGAAUGUGAAUCAAACUCAACUUAGUCCUUUGAUGUCUGCUAAGGUUUUCAAGUGUAAUAAGGAGAAUUAAAAUGUAUAGAGUGCAGAAAAUCCCUGCAAAUUUGGACUCUAGUUACUUACUGGUUGUUUGCUAUCUCACUUUCUCAGAAGAGUUGAAAGAAAAUGGCUUGAAUCAAACCCUAACUUUUCCUGUUCCAAUCAACCCUUUAUGGUUUGUUUGGAUGAGAUAAAAGAAAAUGGAGAAGAUCAUAUACUACUACUAUGUGUGCUUGGAAGAUCUACAAAAACUCUUUUUGCAUAGAGCAAUGAUAGUUCUCCGUGAAAGUAUUUGUUGCACAAUCUAUGUAAUAUUUGAUCGUGACUGUUGAAACAAAUUUUCUAAUGAUUGUGUUAUCUUGGAUAAA